CGCGGCGGUGGCGGGCAGUGAGCGUGAGAUAGUGGCCGGCGCCUGUUAUUUACUGCCAAGUGAACGGGCCUAUACAUAAUUCAGUGACGGUUUAAUACGUUAAGUGUUCCUUUCAAGAGAAAAAUAUAUUAUUUGGUCUAUCAUGUCGGAUCAAGACAUAUACUUAAAAUUUGAUGCAAUGGAAGCUAAGGAGUUCAAGGAAUUUUCGUCGGCAAUGACGAACUACAUCGCCGAAUAUUUAGAAAACAUACGCGACAGGCAAGUGGUGCCAUCAGUAAAACCAGGCUACCUGCGUCCAUUAGUACCGGAGCAAGCUCCCGAGAAGCCGGAGCCGUGGACGGCGGUGAUGGACGACAUUGAGCGCGUGAUCAUGUCCGGGGUCACCCACUGGCACUCGCCGCGCUUCCACGCCUACUUCCCUACCGCCAACUCGUAUCCGGCCAUCGUCGCUGACAUGCUCAGUGGGGCCAUUGCGUGCAUUGGAUUCACUUGGAUUGCCAGCCCUGCUUGUACCGAGCUGGAAGUUGUGAUGUUGGAUUGGCUGGGCCAGAUGCUAGGACUCCCGGAAGAGUUCCUUGCGCGCUCGGGCGGAGAGGCGGGCGGCGUGAUCCAGGGCACGGCCAGUGAGGCUACCCUGGUCGCACUUCUCGGAGCGAAGGCGCGCACAAUGCAAAGAGUUAAAGAACAACACCCUGAAUGGACUGAAGUUAAUAUUCUGUCGAAACUCGUGGGAUACUGUAAUAAGCAAGCCCAUUCGUCUGUAGAACGCGCUGGGCUUUUGGGUGGUGUGAAACUUCGCAGUCUGAAGCCGGACAACAAACGCCGUCUGCGAGGGGAAACCCUGAAAGAGGCUAUAGAAGAAGACAUUCGCAAUGGACUUAUACCUUUUUAUGUGGUGGCGACCCUAGGAACUACUUCUUCAUGCGCUUUCGACGCAUUAGAUGAAAUCGGCGAUGUUUGCAAAGAAAAGGACAUUUGGUUACACGUAGACGCCGCGUAUGCUGGAUCAGCAUUCAUUUGCCCAGAAUACCGCUACCUGAUGAAGGGUGUCGAAAAGGCGGACUCGUUCAAUUUUAACCCUCACAAAUGGAUGCUCGUUAACUUUGACUGUUCCGCUAUGUGGCUCAAACAACCCAGGUGGAUAGUGGACGCCUUCAACGUUGACCCGCUGUACUUGAAACACGACCAACAAGGCUCCGCUCCUGAUUACCGUCACUGGCAAAUUCCUCUCGGCCGACGUUUCCGCUCCCUCAAACUGUGGUUUGUUCUACGGUUAUAUGGCGUAGAGAAUCUCCAGAAACAUAUUCGCAAACAUAUCGCCCUAGCUCACCUUUUCGAAAAACUCUGUCUCGAUGAUGAGAGAUUUGAACUGUUUGAAGAAGUCUCUAUGGGUCUUGUGUGCUUCAGACUGAAAGGAAGCAAUGACAUUAAUGAAGCUCUGCUGAGACGCAUAAAUGGGCGCGGCAAGAUUCAUCUUGUGCCAUCGAAGGUCGACGAUGUUUAUUUCCUGAGGCUAGCGAUUUGUUCGCGUUACUCAGAAGAAAGCGACAUUCACGAGUCGUGGAAGGAAGUAAAAGCUUCGGCCGACGAAAUCCUUGCAGAAAACUAAAUUAUACUUGAGUACCUAGUUGUUCCUACCCUAAACAAAAAAUGUUUUUAGAGACCAAUAAAUAAUCUGAAUUUUGAAUAUAAGAAAAUAUAUACCUAUAGGUAUACUUAAAUAAAUAGGUGUACUUAAAUUAAUUAGGUGAUAGGUAUAGAUACCUUUAAAAGUCUCCAAUAAUGUUAUCAUACUAAUUAUUCUCAUGUAAUUUCCCAUAUUAACUAUGUAUAAUCUCAGAACUAUAGACAAACAAAAAACGUUUUUUCCAAUGUUUCAAACGGAACGGAAAUUCAAAGUUUCGUUCGCCAGUAAAGAAUUUUAUGUGGUUAGAUCGUUCAUAGAAUACCAGCUAAGUCUCGAAGUAGGGAGCUCUCAAAUAUUUGCAACAAGUAUUUAUGCUUACAUUUUAUUUUUAUAUUCUAAGAUGUUGAUCUGUGAUGUUGUGAUUAUUUAUUAUGUAAAUAUAUUUUUUAAUGUUUAUCUUAAAAUAUUUAAUAAAUAAAUGGCGUUAAAUAAAAC